AUGGCAGGAAACGAGGUAACCUCACUCGAGCACAAUCAUCCUCUAUUUCUUCAAGCAACAGAUGCACCAGGUCUAGUUUUAGUUCUAAUUGAACUCACAGGGUCAGAAAAUUAUGCCCUGUGGAGUGGGGAAAUGAAACUAGCACUUAUGGGGAAAGGCAAGAUUGGAUUUGUAGACGGAACGUGUGUAAAAAGUUCGUAUAGAGGAGAACUAAUAGCACAAUGGGAAAAAUGUGAUGCGAUUGUACUGUCGUGGAUUGGAAGCACAAUUUCUAGUGAAUUGAUGCCGAGCUCACUACCUCAGGAAUUUUACAGUCAGGGGGAGUCUAAGAGCUCUUAUGAUCAUUCAUUAUUCACCAAAAGGGAUAAGACAGAUAUAGUCAUUGUAUUGGUAUAUGUGGAUGAUCUUCUAAUAUCAGGAAGUAAUAAUAGUUUGAUGCAUGAGGCAAAGGAGACUCUACACAGUAACUUUAAGAUGAAAGACUUAGGGGAGCUUAGAUACUUCCUGGGAAUUGAAGUGAUGAGAUCCAACAAAGGCAUUUUACACAAUCAGAGAAAAUAUGCCUUGCAACUGAUCUCAGAAGCUAGAUUAAGUGCUUGCAAACCAGUAUCCACACCAAUGGAACAAAACCACAAGCUUACCACAGUUGAGUAUGACAAGCAUGUUGGGAAUGUUGAUGAUGCAGAGUUGCAGGAAGCAGGCAGCUAUCAAAAACUAAUUGGCAAGCUGUUCGACUUAACAAUCACAAGGCUAGACAUAUCCUUUGCAGUCCAAGUGUUGAGCCAGUUCAUGCAACAUCCUAAUGAGUCACAAAUGGAAGCAGCUCUAAGGGUUAUCAAAUAUGUUAAAGGGAGUCCAAGUUUGGGACUUCUCUCUAAGUAA